AGGAUCACCCCCAACAGAGACUACACUCUCCAGUUCCGUUCCGGAUUGGGUUUGUCCGCAACUCAAAACUUCAUCAAUGGCCGCCGCCACCGCCGCCGCCGCAGCAUCAAGGGCAAUCUUCCGCCCCCGUCACCACCACCACCACCGGCUCCUCCUCCACUUCCCCUUCAAAUAUCGACACCCAAAUUCUCCUUCCUCCUCCUCCUCCUCCUCCCGCCGCUUCCUCUCCUCUAUCAAAUCCUCCGCUUCCUCGUCUUCCUCCUCCAACGUCGUCUCGGUCCUCGAGCAACGCGGCCUCCUCGACUCCCUCACCUCCGACAACCUCCGCACCACCUCCUCACCUCUCACCGCCUACUGCGGCUUCGACCCCACCGCCCCCUCCCUCCACCUCGGCAACCUCCUCGCCCUCAUCGUCCUCUCCUGGUUCAGCCGCUGCGGCCACCGCACUAUCGCCUUAAUCGGCGGCGCCACCGCCCGCGUUGGCGACCCCUCCGGCAAAUCCACCGAACGCCCCGACCUCGACCCCCAAACCCUAGCCGCCAACUCCUCCGAAAUCACCAAUACCGUCUCCAACAUCCUCGGAAACUCCGAUUCCGUCCUCAUUCUCAACAAUUACGAUUGGUGGAAGGACUUUAAACUGCUCGAUUUUCUCAGAGACGUCGGGAAAUUCGCGAGAGUCGGGACGAUGAUUGCGAAGGAAAGCGUGAAAAAGAGGCUUGAAUCGGAGCAGGGGAUGAGUUAUACUGAGUUCACGUAUCAACUUCUUCAAGGUUAUGACUUCCUCCACCUGUUUGAUAAAAUGCGUGUGAAUGUUCAGAUUGGUGGGAGUGAUCAAUGGGGGAAUAUCACCGCCGGGACCGAGCUGAUUCGGAAGAUUCUGCAGGCCGACGGAGCUUACGGAUUGACAUUUCCGCUUUUGUUGAAGAGUGAUGGGACUAAGUUUGGGAAAUCCGAGGACGGAGCAAUCUGGCUCAACCCGAAAAUGCUGUCUCCAUACAAGUUCUACCAGUACUUUUUCUCGGUUCCUGAUUCGGACGUCGUGCGGUUUUUGAAGCUCUUGACUUUCAUUGACAUGGAGGAGAUAAUGGCGUUGGAGAGGGAAAUGGGGUUGCCGGGUUACGCCCCCAACACGGCACAGCGAAGACUUGCGGAGGAAGUUACUCGGUUCGUUCAUGGUGAGGAGGGUUUGAGAGAGGCUCUUAAGGCGACGGAGGCGUUGAGGCCCGGGGCGGAGACUAAAUUGGAUUGGAAGACUAUUGAGGGUAUUGCUGAGGAUGUGCCUUCUUGCUCUUUGGCUUAUGCUGAGGCCAUUGGUCUGUCCCUGGUUGAUCUUUCGGUUUCGGCUGGUUUGCUCGAGAGUAAGUCAGCUGCCCGUCGCCUGUUGAAGCAAGGCGGGCUUUACUUGAACAAUGCCAGAGUUGAUAGUGAGAGCAAGAGAGUUGAAGCGGACGAUAUUGUCGACGGUAAAGUUCUGCUCUUGUCUGCCGGCAAGAAGAACAAGGUUGUUGUACGGAUUUCAUGACCAUGUUUGACCGUAUGCAGGUUUUUUAUCGUUCAUUCUUUGCGUUCCCAAAAUGUUUUCUCUAUAGAGCAGACUUGUUCUUCGAUUCAUUGGAAUAUUUAAAACUUAAAAAGUUGUGGAGACUGUUCGAUUUCUCCGAUAUCGUGUCGAAAGAAGUGCAAUUUCUAAGGUUUGAUGAACCUAGGAAGACCAAGUUUCAGGGCCAAUCUGUUAUAAGCUAGUUAGAGGACAUCAUUUUGAAUUAGUGAAUUAAGAAAAUAAUUCACAAGAUUGAGUGUAUGUUAGAAAAAUUUAUCAAAUGGAAAACAUCUACCUAGUACCAUACCAAUGUUUAGAACUUUGAGUCUUUAGUUUGUUCUAUGUACAUAGGAAAUCUAAAAUGAUCCUGAUAAGGGACCUCUUUUUGUCUGUUUUA